GCCGCGCUACCCUCGGAGAUACGCCUACAGCUAGCCUGUGUUAGCCGUAUGCCGGCAAGCUCAGCCUUUGGUCUGCUACCGCCUCGAGGAUACGCAACGAUUUACGCAGCAACUCGUUGUGCACUCCACAGAAAAGCCUUCAUAACCAGGACCGGACUACACAGACUCUCGUCCCUCACGAUGCUCUCCCGGGCCAACAGAGACUUCGAGGCCAAGCGACCCAGCAAUCCGGUAGCUCCAAAACCUCUACUUGCCCAGCAACUGUUCCCAUCCAGCAGCCCUGUCCAACCCCAACAGAGCGAGAAAAUUGUCGAACAGUCAAGGAGGGGCGUGCCCGCGCACCCCAUUGCUCUCUCGUCCCGAACACCCAACGUGCCCAGCAAUACAAAUCAGCAAAGGACCUCUGGUAUCAAUGGAAUAACAUCAGGAAACCGACAAUCAUUUGCCACACUAUGCCACAACACCGAGUCUUUCCGUGAGGAGCCACACAUUAUUAGCCUUUUAGAUGAUGAGAAUGGCACGCAAAAGUCUCAGCCAACAAGCUCUGUGUUUAUAGCAGAUGGCGACUUGAGUGACGACGACAAUCUAGACUUGGACUUUGAGCAGCCCGCUGCCUUGCCAACAGUCCCCUCUCAUACUGGCGUGUCAAAACAGGCUGCAUCGACAACUGUUCAACCUGGUGCCGAUGCCCCUCCACCUAGCAGCCUUCUUUCUUGGUCACAGUCUUCUCCGUCUCACUACGCGGCGCCCCGCCUGCCCUCUAACGAUACACAGGCGAAGCGGAAAACAGAGGUUGUCGAUUACGAGCCUCCGGUUCCAGUUGCGAAGAAGAGGUCUUUGCCCAAGAGCUGGGCACGCGCAAACAGCCCCCCAGAAGAAGAUGGAGACGGGAUGCCCGGAUAUGCGACACCGGCCGUGAAGUCCCAAUCGAGCAAGUUACCAUGGGACACAACUGCUAGUGCUGUCAAGGCGCAGAAGAAACAGCUUCGAGACCAGCUCAAGAAAGCCCCAUCAACAGCGUCCCAUUUCUCAAUGGAUGAGACUGAUAACGGCAUCGAUGAUCAUGUCGCUACAACUAUAAAAGCUACCAAACACUCGGCGGUAACACUCAGUAAUGAACAGCGACAUGUCAAGAAUCUGGUCUGCUCGCGCAGCCAGAGCGUCUUCUUCACGGGUCCUGCAGGUACAGGAAAGUCGGUUUUGAUGAGAGCAAUAAUCGAUGAACUGAAGAAAAAAUGGAAGAAAGACCCAGAUCGCCUGGCCGUUACCGCCUCAACUGGUUUGGCAGCAUGUAACAUCGGUGGCAUGACCCUGCACAGUUUUUCCGGCAUCGGUCUCGGAAAGGAAGAUGUGACGACGCUGGUCAAGAAGAUCCGUAGGAACCCCAAAGCCAAGAACAGAUGGCUCAGGACAAAGGUCCUGAUCAUUGACGAAAUUUCCAUGGUUGACGGUGAUCUCUUCGACAAGCUCUCUCAAAUCGGGCGUAUUCUCCGCAACAAUGGUAAACCGUGGGGUGGUAUCCAACUUGUCAUCACGGGCGAUUUCUUCCAGCUUCCGCCUGUUCCAGACGGUGCCGAUAAGCGAGAGAUCAAGUUUGCGUUCGAGGCGGCAACUUGGAACACGUCGAUCGACCAUACCAUUGGCUUGACUGAGGUCUUCAGGCAAAAGGAUCCCGCCUUUGCCAACAUGCUCAACGAGAUGCGACUGGGAAGGAUCAGCGAACAGACCGUGGCCAACUUCAAGCGUCUGGAGAGAGAGCUUCGUUUUGAUGAUGGCCUUGAAGUCACAGAGUUGUUUCCCACGCGAACAGAGGUCGAAAGAUCAAACAAUCGGCGAUUAGCAGCUCUCAAAUCAAAGUCCUACCGAUAUGAUGCUCAGGACUCAGGGGAUCCUAAUUUUAGAGACAAACUGCUGCAGAACAUGAUGGCGCCCCAGACAUUGGAGCUGCGAAAGGGCGCACAGGUAAUGCUUAUCAAGAAUAUGGACGAGACUCUAGUCAACGGAUCUCUUGGAACGGUCGUUGGCUUCAUGAGCGAAACAGCGGCCAGUAUUGGCGGCAUCAGCAGCCAUGGAGGAUUGGACGGCGAAGACGAUUCAAUAAGCGAAGAUGUGCGAAAGAGGAUCAAGGCCUUCGGCCGGGAACUUGAAUCCAGCUCCACUGAUAACAAGGAGUAUCCAGUUGUUACUUUCCACGGCGCUGACGGCACGCCAAGAUCUCUCCUCAUGGUGCCGGAAGAGUGGAAGUCGGAGUUGCCCACGGGCGAAGUGCAGGCCUCCCGCAAGCAAGUGCCUUUGAUUCUAGCAUGGGCACUCUCCAUCCACAAGGCUCAGGGCCAAACACUCGAGCGAGUUAAAGUUGAUUUGGGCAAGAUUUUUGAGAAGGGCCAAGCGUACGUCGCGUUGAGUCGAGCUACCAGCCAGGAGGGCCUCCAGGUGUUGAAAUUCGACAAGAAUAAGGUGAUGGCUCAUCCGCGCGUUGUCCAGUUCUACAAUAAGCUUUAUAGCGUAGAGACUGCCCUCAAGGCCGGUGGGACCAAGUCUGCCCCAGCACCUCAAACUGGCGCUGGGACAUCUGGAUCCAGGCCAGUCGCGAGUUCCCGAGGUGCAGUGACUGGAUGGACGAUGUCAGCUAGCGGAUAG